AUGGAGAAAACACAAAGGACAGAGAAGGAAGAAGAGAAAAGAGAAGAGAAGAAACCAAAACUGGAGCAAAGUAUCGAGAAGGAAGAGAAAAAAGGAGAAGAAAAGAAAAAAAAGGAAAGAACAGUGCUAUUUUCUUAUAAUAUCGUCAUGACUGUGACAAGUAACAUAUGGGAACAAUUUUUUACAAAUUUUUGUUCAAACUACAAAGUAUAUUUUAUCAGUGAAUUAUGCCAGAAUACGUGGAGCAUCAACGAUCGCGGUGUGGCUUAUACUCUGGAUCAGCUGACAUACGAACAGAAAAAAAAGGGCGUGGUAGCAGUUUCAUCGGGCAGCUUCGCAUAUACUCUCGCGUAUUUCGGAGAGAUAUUUAAUAUACCAGUGACUCUAAUAAUGAGAACAGACGUAGAAGAAAAUUUUCUUCUUAUGUGUAAAAAUCGUAAAGCAGAAGUGAUCACCGAGGACGACAUAAUGCAAGCACACAAAUUGGCUUUGAAUAUCGCUCAGAAGGAGGGAAAAGUUUACUUAGACGGAAACGAUCAUCCAAAUAUGAUUAUUGGUCAAUCCACCUUGGCUUUGGAAAUUGUAGAAGAGGCAAAUUUUGAUGCAGUCGUACUACCGACGUUGAACAAAGUAUGUGAACUCACAGUGGGUAUUGCGAUGGCUCUCAAGGAAUUGAAACCGAGUAUAGAAGUUAUGAUAGUCCAAAAUCAACUUUCUAACUCUUCAAUCAGCCGUAUCAGAGAACAAACCAAUUCAUCUGUUGAAUUAAAUAUUCCUGUAUUAACAUAUAACUGGAAUAAAAUGACUACAGCCAAAUUGGAACUUUGUAGGGACAGCAUGGUUAUAAUGCGUCCAUCGGAGUAUUCUUCUUAUGUAGCGACUGAAUAUCUAAAUCUAAAGUAUGGCAAUGCCGAUUGUAAUGCAGCUCUCGCUUUAGCUGCGCUUUUAGCUGAUAAAUUCAAAGGACUGAGGGGAAAAAAGAUUGCAAUACCUAUGUACGGCAAGAUGGACUACUUUUUUGUUAAAAAGGAUUUGGCGGAUAUUACAAUAAGUCAAACCGCAAAUACUGAGGUCGCUGGACCCUCAAGAAGAUCUUAA